ACCUGUGGCUCAGGUGUGUAUAUAAAGAGCAGAGCAGCCUCAUGAUCAUCAUCAUCAUCACUGCAGCAUCUGAUACCUGAACAGCCUCAACACACAUCCACCUCAUAGAUUUUUACAUCCCGUCAUUGUCCUAAUCAUCUUCAUCAUGAAGGUCCUCUUGCUUCUCACUGUCUUGCUCAGUGGAGUUCUUGCUAUCACAGCAGCAGCAGUUGAAGCUGUGAAACCAGCAGAAGCACCAGUGGAGCCACAGAUGGAAAACCAAGUGGUAGAAGUGGAAGUUGAAGCUGUUCCUGAAGCUGUUCCUUUGGAGGGAGAGCCACAGCCUGCUGGAGAGGUGGCCGCACCAGUUCAAGGUCGUUUCAUUUGUCCCUCUGGUUGGGUCGGAUACAAGGACGGCUGCUAUCUGUUUGUGUCCUCGGGCAGAACCUGGAACAGUGCUGCGGAUUAUUGCAAAAGUCUGGGAGCGUCCUUGCCAUCUGUCAGUAAUGUGUUUGAUUACAGUUUUCUGCAGGACUUGACCAUGAGGUCAGGACAAACAGUCUCCUGGAUUGGAGGCUUCUAUUUCCAGACCUGGAGGUGGUUGGACCAGAGCCCCUUCAGCUACAGUAACUGGGGUACAGUGAAUACUGUCAGCCGAUACCAGUGCAUGUACGUCCAAACCAGAGCGGGCUGGUCCAAUCAUAGCUGUGGUAAUGGAUGGCCAUUCAUCUGCGUGAAGAAAACUGGUAACUGCUAAACACGACAGCAGGACAUAUUUAGUGCUGGAGGACAUUUAAACUGCUAAUGAACAAAACUGUGUUUGCUUUUAGGAGAAGAAAAUUAAGCCAUAUUAGUAUUUUUUGCUUUGAUUGCUUUGUACUGUAUGUGAUGCGUCAGUUGAAAUCAAAAUCAGAUUUGUAAAAGGGCAAAAGAAAAUCCUCUUUGGUCAUGUAUUGUUGUUAGAUUUUCUUUUUUUUAAUAUUUACAAGUUUACAAAUAAAAUGUGUAUGAAGAAAAAUUCAACAAAUAAAAAGGAAAAAAAAAACAA